AUGCACAAUGUCGCACGACGAACCCAGGACGAUACGGUCAGCACGACCGCAUGGGAGUCAUCCAACGAAGCGGCUUCUGAGGACACAGCAUGGCACGAUUCAAACGAUAAUUUUAUGCCGCAAGCAACGUCGAGAAUCUCGGCGGAGGGCAUGGCGCAGGACGCGGCUUCUCAAUUCUUCGCAGCGAGGCGUCCGGCGUUUUCUGAUCCAUUUCCCGCUCCAACAUCAUCUACCUUUGAUGCCAACAGCGUCGCAUGUCGCAGAAUGCAUGCAACUAUGCUGAAUGGUCUUUUAUGGGACAUAUACUUCAAGGUUUUCGAAUUGCGGUUUGCAAUCUGGCUUGGGAACAGUUGUCGUCCCUAUCUGGACUUUACACCCAAACCCAAAGCCUCCAUCAUACAACUGAUCCUUGAACUGGACGGGUGUGAAGACUUUCAUGGGCCCAGUUCGCAGAAAUAUCUCCCACACGCUCCAAACACACUUCUCGAUGACACUCGCAAGAGUGUCGACGCUGAACGCAUGAUGAACGACGCCCUUCUCACUGCCAUCUAUGCUUAUGCCGUGCGCUGGCUACCAUUACAGAGUGCGUAUCGAAACACAGAUGAUCAAGGGGCGUCCGAAUGUCAAAGCCGAGAACAGGACGUCCGGUCAUACAUGUGGCGUCAGGCCAAACAGGCCAUUUUACAUGCUUUGACUCGACCCAGUUACAGAUCCAUAUUGGCUUUGUUGUUGUUUACUUCGACCGAGAUGCCGACCGAAGACGACGAUCCGGGAUUUGUUCAGUUAUGCAACCAGGCUCUGUUCAGCCACUUACAUAUAUUGAGAAGCCCGGUUAAAUGGCAGGCAAAGACACUAUCACCCAACCAGCUGGCGGCUUCGUCAUCCAACGACCGGGUCGUAUGGUGUGUCCCGGAGGAUGGUAAUGCGAAGCAUAAUCAGGAGCCAGACAAUGUAUUCUGGCUGUGCGUGGUGUUCGGCUGCUCUCGCGCCCUCCUCCGCCUGCAACCGUCUUUUAUACUGCUUGGCAACUCAGGUGACGAACAGGUCUGGAAAUUCAUUCGCGAACGGACGGUGAUAUUCGACCAGUCAUUUGGAACGUUAAAAGGAUCUCAGACCCCGCUGACGCCGGACAUUGCAGAGACAGUCCUCCAGCAUGCAACAGCGUGCAAGACCAUGUACAUCGGCGUCAUCACCCAACUAUGCGACUCUCUUUUUCACCACAAGCUCUUGCCCGUUGAGAUAGCAUCCCAGGCCGUGAUUGAUGAAGCCCAGCGGUUCCACGACGUCUUUGACCACCUAUUGGCCAUGUGCGCCCGUGACUAUAUGUUCCUCACGUCUGAGAGUCAACUCAAUUAUCUGCUUCUCGUAACUCACUAUCAUCUGGCCUCGUUAAUUCUUGCAGACAUUCUUGACAGUCAGGACACCGUCUCAGAACAUUUAAAGAACCCGGUACUGUCACGCUCUACUUGCUGUCAAGCCAUUGUAAAUGUAUUAAGCCUAGUUUUGACCCAUGAUCGACAUUCUACCGUCGACGACUUUGCCUACGGAAGUAAAUUGCUGCUUGAUCCUUCACCUGAGCUCAUGGCUGAGGUCCUGCUUCGAACGGGCAACGCUAUCCUUGUCAUGCAUACUUCUGGCGAGAUCUCGACGUAUACAACGCAGACCAUGUUGUCCAUCAUCUUCAGCGCUUCGACGAUCGUAUCGGAGAUCUCUCGAAAGGCUGCCUUGGUGUUGUCCAUCUUACGUCAAGCAUGUGCAGCACGCAACCUCAAGGUUUUCGAAGAAGACCCGCGAUGUACCUUGAGGGCUCCUACGACCGAUCUUGCCGUCCUCGCUGCCUGCGACCUAGAGGCCGUCAGUAGCUUCUUGCAAGAAAUGGAAGUUCAGUCCGCCUUGCAUGCAUCUAACUUGAACAAUAUGGUCAAGCUUUAUGAGGAAAAAUGGAUCUACACGGCCCAAAGUUGA